AUGGAAAAGUCUGGAAGUCGCAAAUUCUUUGAUCGAUCCAUUUUCCAGGAUGGCCUCAUUUCAGCUGCAACUUGGACUGUUUCAUGCCCGGAUGUGGAGAUUCAAGGAGUGCUCUACCCGGUGGAUCCAAGGCUUCCCGGGCAACGGUUAACCCCGAGUGAUGCUAGCGCACCCCAGGGCUGGGAGGACUCCCUAGAGCUUCAACGGAGUCUCGUCCGACGAGAUAUGGAGUAUGCAGACUCGCCUCCAGCGACGGUGGAUGGGGAUCGGGCUGGGAGACUCAGGGGAAGUGAAACUGAGGCUCUCCGGAGGCAAUUCUCCAUCGACUCGGUUUAUCCGAGUGGUCUUCUUUGGCGGCAGGUGAAGUACUCUGAUGCACACGUGCGAAUGACUGCCCCAUCGCAGUUUCAGGGCUCGAUGCCAAAGCCAAUAAGCGGCUGGAUAUCUUUGCUGGUCGUGCCAGUGGUUACCAACCACGGAUGA